GACCACAGACUAAGCCAUGACCCAAAGCAGCAUGUCUCGUGAGGAGGCCUACACUGCCCUGAUGAGGGGGGUCAAAGAGCUGGACCUCAACGGGCCAAACAUACCCAGCGACUUAGUACUGAUCGGCGACCAAGCCUUCCCACUGGCCAUGAACGCCUGUGGCCAGGUCCUGAUGGCUGCCUCAUUCUACGGCCGAGGCCGGGUGGUGGUGCUGGGUCACGAGGGUUACCUCACUGCCUUUCCUGCCCUGGUGGAGAAUGCGCUGACCUGGCUGACAGGCUCGUCCUGUGACAGCACUACCGUGGGCGUCCACCAGAGCUGUAAGGCCGUGGCCGACAAUCUGAGCUACUCCAGCCUCCAACCCAAGGUAGGGGGCUUCUGUGAGGGCCUGGGAGUGUAUGUGACGGAUGCGUACUGCGUGGGUCCAGAGGUGAAGGAGCUGGUAGAGUUCCUGAAGGCGGGAGGCGGGCUGCUGAUGGCUGGCCAGGCUUGUAGCUGGGCCGAGGGGCCCAAACAGAACAACCUGCUGGGUUUCCCUGGGAACAAGGUGUCCAGUGUGGCUGGCAUCUACUUCUCGGCCCAAGUUGGGGAGCAGGGUAUUCUCCCUGUGCCUCCACAGAUCCCUUCCAGCUUGCUGGCUGUGGCGAUGAGCAAGGACUUCAAGGAUGACCUGGAGUUCCUCCUGGAGGGCGUGACUGAGUUUGAUAUCCAGGGCGGGACUAUUUGCUCAGAGGUGCUGGUACACGGCCCUCUGGCAUUCCCCAUUGGCACCACACAGGAUGGCAGGGCCUUUUUGGCCGGGGCAUACUACGGCCAGGGCCGAGUCAUCGUGGUCACCCACGAGGGAUUCUUGGGCCGAGAGCAGCUGUCCCCCUUCAUGCUCAAUGCCGUGCGCUGGUUGGACGAGGGUCGUAACGGCUUGGUAGGCGUCCUGCCCCAGCUCGGCGCCGCCCACGCCCUGCUGAGCAAGUCUGGCCUGCGCUGUGAGAAGAGUGGCUUCAGGAAGGAGCUCAGUGUCUACGUCUGCACCUCCUACAGCGAUGCCCAGGCCGACGAAAUUCAGGACUUUGUGGCCGAGGGUGGGGGCCUACUGAUCGGGGGCCACGCCUGGUACUGGGCCCAGGCCAACCCGGGCCACAACACCAUGACAGGGUACGCAGGCAACCGCAUCCUCAACAAGAUGGGCCUCAGCCUGUUGGGGAACACUCUGGAUGCAGGCUGCUACAAGGCCCCAGUCCCGGGUCAGACCUGCUCUGAGGGCUUCCACUUCCGCCACCUGCUGCGCCGCUUUGCCGGUCACGUGACCCAGGGCGAGGCGCUGACAGAGCAUGAGGAGGCCGGUCUGAAGAAGCUUGGCGGUGACUGUGCCAAUUACCUGCACAUGCGGGCGCACGACUGUGCCUCGUACACCUCGGUGCUGGCCAUGCUCACUGACGUGCUGAAGGAGACGGGCAUCCCCCAGGUGUGCCACAGCUGUCCAGUGAUAAGCGCCAAGGACCACCUGCUGCUCAGUGUAGGCGCGGAGGUGUACAAGGUGUGCCAGGACCCAGAUGCCCUACUGCCUUACCUGAUCAAGGACCAGCCCAUGAUGCCUGCCUUGUCCAAUGCCAGGGUUAGGAUCAACUGUAAUACAGCAGGAGGAGAGGAGUGGCUCAGCACCGGUCUGUUCCUUUCCCCUGGGAUGAGGACGUACAUGGCCAUGCCACCACAAAUCGUCAACCAGGGCUGGAAGGUCCAGAUAGGCUGUCAGACUGACAACAUUGGGAAUUCGAGCGAGCUGAAGCGAGCGCCAGUGGUUCAUGAGCGCUUCCCCAUAGACUCAGAGAUGAUGCAGGUGUGCAACCUGUGGGGCGGUCUCAUCUAUCUCAUCGCCCCUCCUAAGACCCAGGUGGAGGGGGUGGAGGUCAUUAUUCAGGGGGCUGUGCCGGCCCCCUACUACAAGACUGGGGUGACCACACCUGCAGACUGGGCAGUACUGCGGACCGCCCCUUCCCCCUGGGCAGAGAUGGAGUUUGAGAACAUCAUCCUGACCGUCCACUCUGACGUGGUCCGAGGUGUGGAUCGGCCUGACCUGGUGGCAGCGCUCUGGGAUGACAUCAUGAGGGGAAUAGCUGACCUGGCUGCCGUCCCCGCAAAGUUCCCACGCAAGGAGCGCUUUGUGGCUGACGUCCAGAUUUCCCACGGCUUCAUGCAUGCAGGCUACCCUAUCAUGAUACAAUCCUCCUCCGCCCCAAACCUGGUGAACCCUGUAGCAGCCCGCAGCUCGGGCCUGUGGGGAGCCAUACACGAGCUGGGUCACAACCAGCAGAGAGGAGUCUGGGAGUUCCCCUCGCACACCACUGAGUGCACGUGUAACCUGUGGUCCGUGUACGUGCACGAGGAGGUGUUGGGUGUGAAACGGGAUCAGGCCCACCCCAACAUGGCGCUGGCCAACCGACAGAGCCGUGCCGAGGGGUACGCUAAAGGGGGCAGGAAUCUGGCCAGCUGGGACAUGUGGGUGGCACUGGAGACCUACAUGCAGCUCCAGGACCAGUUUGGCUGGGACGCCUUCAAGAAGGUGUUUGCUGCCUACCACACCAUGCAGAACGUGCCCAAAGACAACCAGGGAAAGAUGAACCUGUAUACUGAGACCUUCUCCCUGGCGGUCGAGAGGAACCUGGCUCCUUUCUUCAAGGCCUGGGGCUGGCCCAUUGAGCCCGCUACAGAGGAAAAGCUCUCUAACAUGCCGGUGUGGAGCGACCACCCUAUGGCCCAGUAUGGCUGACCUAUAGGGGAGGUCACCCCCUUAUAUUGGGGGUCAGAGGUCACAGGUCAGGGAUUGCUGGUGAAGGGUAGGUACUGUUUGGUGACGGGUUAAGGUAAAGGAGUGGUGACUAGGAGAUUGCUGGCCUGGUGUAGAAAUGCUACUGCAAGAAUCAUGGUUGCGUCUGUUGUGCAAAGAAAUAAUUAAUUAUAACGUUUUUUGAGGUCGUCACAAAGGGCUUGCUGAGGAGAUUGGGUCUAUUCUUGGCUAUAAAUGCAAUUGUAUAUUCUAGUGCACUUCAGAAGAGUCCGCGCAAGUGCCUUAUUCAUCAUAAGUCGGAUGUUUUACAGGGUUUAUUUCAUUCCAAAUGUAGUUAUGUGCCCAAUAAAGCACCUUAUUCUGAA